AUGCCGGACAUACUCCCAUCCCAACGCGAGCUCAUCAGCAAACUCGUGCACGCGCUUUGCGAAACAUAUCAUAACGACCUCAGCAGCGCCGCCGCUGUCACCACCGAAAAAACCGAGCGACACGCCUCACCAGCUGCGGCGCCAUGGGACUCGCCGCAACGAAGGAAGCUGAUACUGACGCUGCACGUUGUGUUCCCCGGAAUGCUGCUUCCCGCGCUCGACCUACUCGAUAGGAACCUGGUGCGGCGCCUCACGCUGGACACGACGACACCGGCCAGCGCCGGUCGACAAGAGGACACCGCCUGCCCCUCGCCGUCUCAGGGGGGGCAGGAGACUCCCGGCGGUGCAUGGCGCCCGGCCGUGUACACGGUCCGGUCGGCGCCAUACACGCUGGCCCGUCGAGGGGCGGCGGCCGCGGUAACGCGCGCGUACCUGGUGCACCUUGAGGCCUGGAGCUGCUCCUGUGUCGCAUUUACGGUGGACGCCUACGCUGACGGUGGCCGGCCAGGGCCGGCGGAAGCGGCGGACGACGAGGCGGCGCCGCUAAGAGGCCGGUUUGGCGGGGUGAGCACGGCGCAGUGGGACACUCACGGCGCAGAAGCCACACCAUGCUGCAAGCAUCUACUGGCGUGCCUCCUGGUGCAUGAGUGGGAAGAGUUGCUGGCCGCGCACGUUGAGGAUAAAAGGUGCACAAGGGAGGAGCUGGCGGGCAUCAUUGCGGGGAUCUAG